ACCAUAAGGAGAUUCUCUAGAAACAAGGAAGGAGACUUAUAAAAGGUACUGAUGACACUGUAAAACAUGGGAAAGAGUGAUGUAUUCAACAAUGGGAUAUCAUUUCCAUUAUGGAAAACUAUCUGAAUAGAGACAAUCUAAACACAAGGAAAGACUGAACAUCAAGGAGUAAGACCACCUACAACCACAGUGUCCAGCAGGAUGGCUACCACUUCCAGUUCUGCGUAUUCUGAAUGUAAACCUGGAGACACAUUGUGUGAGAUCCGUGUGUAUGAACAGGAAGUGAUAAUCGUACCGGUGUUGUUUUUGAUGAGUUUCUUGGUCACGCUGGUGUUUCUGCUGCUGCUGAAGUUCUGUCCUGAGAAGGUGGAUCGCCUGCAACCCAGGUCCAGUCGAACAACCAAGACUAGGAGAAACUUGCAAGGCAUUGAUGCUCCCCAGGGUCUGAAUGCUCUUGAAGGUGAGCCAAUAGCGUUGGACACUACAUCUUACAUGACGUUCAGCCCAGUUCGAGACUCCUAUAGAAAUGAACAUGCCUCCUUCAAUGACAACAAUGUGGCCUUUACCGAUGGAGGAGGCUCUUUUGGCGCCACAGCUUCAGCCUUCACAAAGCCCAGGGAACUUCUACGACAGCGACUACCGGAGAACUUCAAAGGGGUGUCUCCUCUCCCAGCAUCAUACUCUCUGAAGUCAGACAGCUCCGUCUCACUCUACAGGGCUCGUAUGGAAAACAGAAAUGUGGUGCUGCGUGUACUUAAAGAUUCAGCCAGUAACCAUGAAAGUCAGUCCUUCUUGGGAUUUGCAUCCUUCCUUUCCCAGUUAGGGCCCCAUCCCUUCUUACCGGAGCUUCUGGGAGUUAUAUCCCUGCGAGCUCCUCUCAUUACUGUUAUUGAAGAGAUGGAGAACAGAGAUCUGCUCGGAUUCCUGUGGAGGUGUAGACAGGAUAACGUUGGACCAGACGGCAUGUAUCAGAUGACAGAAAAAAAGAUCUUCACCAUGGCUUCACAUGUGUCCUCUGCACUGGACUUUCUCCAUAGCAAAGAUCUUCUCCACUGCAACAUCAAAGCUCGCAGUGUGUUAGUCAGCAGGAUUUGUACCGCAAAACUCUGGGGUUUGGGUGAUUUGUAUGCAAGGACAUCAGCAAGUGCUAAUCACAGUGAAGAUCCUGGGAUAAAAAAGUGGCAGGCUCCCGAGCUAUUGGCCAAGAGACCAGCCACUCCAAAAAGUGAUGUUUGGUCAUUUGGGCUGCUACUGUAUGAAAUGGUGACUCUUGGUGAGGUCCCCUUUUCUGAAAUCCCAGCAAAGGAACUUCUACAGUAUCAUCAGCGAGGGAAAACCCUGAAGAAACCAAACAACUGCUCCAACUCACUUUACUCACUUAUCAAAGCUUGCUGUCAGUGGAAGGAGCACGACCGCCCCUCAUUGGCUGAGGUCAGGCGUAAACUCCAAUCAGGAGAGAAGAGUGCCAAUGACAGCAGUGUUAUCCGGGUGCCUGAGCCAAUCAAUACUGAACAAUAUCUGAAGGAGGCGGGAUAUGGAGAAUCCAACAACUACACCAUUUUCUAAACUCCACAUGACUCUACAUAAAAACAUCACAUCUAUAUGAAUAUAUUAUUUUGUGUUUGUGGUGUAAACUGUGCUUCUCCAGUGCUUCCUGCUGAGUGAAUUGACUGUUGACCAGCCAUACUGACAUUAAAGAAUUUGAAUGUAUGAAAUGUUAAUUUUA